AUGCUCGGAGGAUUACUCUUCUCCUUCUGGAGGAUCUUUGAGAUCGUGACUCUCAUACCUGUGAUUGGAAUGCUGGCAUGGUUCGUCGAUGGUUUCAAUGAUCAGAACCAAUUGACUCCAGUAUCCAUCCUCGUAGUAUUCAUCGUCUCGAUCCUCGCCUGCGCCUGGGCUCUAGCAACUCUAAUUCGCCUUGGGUCAACUCGCCGAUCGGCCCUCUUCGUCGCGUUCGUCGACCUCCUUUUCGUGGGAGCCUUCAUUGCUGCAGUUUAUUAUCUUCGACGUAUCGCUGAUGCGAACUGCUCCAACUUUCGCGAAGCACAGAUCUACUUUCAAAUCGGCCCAUUUGGCUACUUUGGAGAACAGAGCAACCUAAGCACUUCCCUACGUCUGGACAGGAAUUGCGCCAUGCUGAAAGCGUCCUGGGCUUUUGGCAUAAUGAACACCAUCUUCUUCUUUUUCACCGCAGUUCUGGCAGUGUUCUUGCACAGGCACGAGCGAACUGUCGUCGUGAAGGAGGUGCGCAGAUCUAGACAUAGCAGCAGAAGGGGACAUUCAAGAGGCUCUCACAGAAGCAGCAGUGGUCGCAGGUCAUACUAUGUUUAA